AUGGCAAAAACACUCGUGCUUCUUCUUCUCUUGGUUCUGAUCCUUUUGGCCUCAAAACCUGCAAAAUCUCAGCGUGACGAGCUCUUCUAUGAUGGUUUUGAUGGUGCUGCCACCAACGUAACCUUAAACGGAGGUGCAGUGAUUGAGCACAAGGGCAUAAUUCGCUUAACAAACGACACUCUCAGGGUAAUUGGGCAUGCGUUUCAUUCAACCCCAAUCAAGUUCAAGAACUCUUCCACAGACACCAAAGUUUUCUCCUUUUCCACUGCUUUUGCUUUUGCAAUAAACCCCCAGUACCCAAAACUCGGUGGCCAUGGCUUUGCCUUCACCAUUUCUCGCUCCAAAGUGCUUCCAGGUGCGUAUCCUAGCCAGUACAUGGGACUCCUCAACCCAAACAACAUAGGGAACAUGUCAAACCACUUGUUCGCAGUGGAAUUCGACACUGUUCAAGACUUCGAAUUUGUUGACAUCAAUGACAACCACGUUGGUAUCAACCUGAACAACAUGGUAUCCAACAAAUCGGUUGAAGCCACUUUUUUCAUUGACGGUUCAAAGAAUAAUAAGCAAGACCUCAAUUUGAAGAGUGGCAAGGUGAUUCAAGCAUGGGUUGACUACGAUUCCACUAUGAAUCAAUUGGAAGUUAGACUCUCCCCAACUUCAACAAAACCCAGUUCCCCAAUCUUGUCUUACCAAGUGGAUCUCUCACCAAUUCUCCAAGACUCUAUGUAUGUUGGGUUUUCUUCUUCAACAGGGUUGCUCAAGAGCUGGCACUAUAUCUUGGGUUGGAGCUUCAAGAUCAAUGGAGAGGCAAAAACCCUGUCUUUGGAAACACUCCCUUCACUCUCUUCACCCAACAACACUAAAAAGGCCUUAAUUUUAGGACUCUCUCUUUCUGCUGCGAUUGUAACACUUGCGGCAAUUGGGUUAGCAUUGUUUUAUCUGAUCAGAAAGAUGAAAAAUGCUGAUGUGAUUGAAGCUUGGGAAUUAAAUGUUGGUCCCCAUAGAUUUCCAUAUAAAGAACUAAAGCAAGCCACAAGAGGGUUCAAGGACAAAAACCUAAUCGGGUUUGGUGGGUUUGGUCGAGUUUACAAAGGGGUUAUCCCAAAAACCAACACCGAAAUCGCAGUGAAACGAAUCUCCCACGAAUCAAAACAAGGGUGGCAAGAGUUUGUGUCGGAAAUCGCAACCAUAGGUAGGCUUCGACACAGGAACCUAGUACAGUUACUAGGUUGGUGUCGAAGGCGUAACGAUCUACUAUUAGUCUACGAUUUCAUGCAAAAUGGUAGCUUGGACAAGCACCUAUUCGAUGAAGCAAGAGAAAUAUUGAGGUGGGAACAAAGGUUCAAGAUCAUAAAGGGUGUGGCUUUAGGGCUUGUGUAUUUACACGAAGAAUGGGAACAAACGGUGAUUCACAGAGACGUUAAAGCUGGGAAUGUUCUGUUAGAUGCAGAGAUGAAUGGGAGGCUCGGUGAUUUCGGUUUGGCGAAGCUAUACGAGCAUGGUUCGAACCCAACAACGACAAGGGUUGUUGGAACAUUGGGUUAUCUUGCACCUGAGUUAACGAAAACAGGGAAACCUACGACAAGUUCUGAUGUGUUUGCGUUUGGUGCUGUGUUGCUUGAAGUGGUGUGUGGGAGGAGGCCCAUUGAGCCCAAGGCGUUGCCGGAGGAGCUUGUUUUGGUGGAUUGGGUGUGGGAACGGUGGCGCGUGGGGGCGGUGUUGGGGGUGGUGGACAACAAGUUGGGUGGGGUGUUUGAUGAGGUGGAGGCGUUGUUGGUGCUCAAGUUGGGUUUGUUGUGUUCCAAUGAGUCGCCGGAAAAGAGACCUAGUAUGAGGCAGGUGGUGAGGUACUUGGACGGCGAGGUGGAGCUGCCGGCGGUGGAGGACGUGUUUGAUGGGAAAAAGGUUGGUGGUGUAGCCACCGUUGUUGUUGGUGGUGUUGAGGAUUUUGUGCAUUCGUAUCCAACGUCGUCGAUUUUUGAUAGGGCGAAUACGUGGUCGUCAGCCGGUGAUGACGUGGAGGGUGGCUCCGCUUCCUCUCUUUCACUUUCCGGUGGUCGGUAG